AAUGAGCGCAGCGGGUGUAGGCGUGGCCUGAAUAACAGCCAGCUAAUCGCGGCUAGCUGUGUGUUAUAGUACUGAGGAUUGAUGUAAAUAAUGUCGGAUGUUCCCUGUGGAGAAACGAGGAAAAAGAGGUGCCGAGAGGUGUUUUGGGACAAAUACUGAGGAGGGACAUGGCCCAGGAGACAAACCAGAGCCAGACUCCUCUGCUUUGUUCCACCGGCUGUGGUUUCUAUGGCAGCCCCAGGAAUGAUGGCAUGUGUUCAGUGUGCUACAAAGACUUCCUCCAGAGACACAACAGCAAUGGAUGCAUUGGCCCACCAGGUUCAUCUCCUGCUGACAGCAGCAUUGGAGAGUCUCUUCUAAAACAGUGUUGUGACAGUACGACAGUCACUUCACCAGCAGCCAUAUCCUCCGCUCACACAGAGCCUGGACACUGCAGUGGGCCAACAACAGCCUCAGCAACCUCAACAGGAGAGAGUACCUCAGGAGCUAAGACCAGUCUGACAGCCGACUGUUUACACAGUUCAGGCAUGUCAGACAGAGCUGCAGCUGUAGGCAGCGUACAGGAAGGUCAGUGUUCAGCAGGUAGCUCAGGGACAGAGCUGAGCAAUAGUACCUCUGUGAGAAAGUGCUCCCAUAAAGGCAAGAAGAGGAAGCUGGAGGAUCCUGAGGAAAAUAUAGAUGUGAAGAGAGCAUCGGGCUGUGAAGUAUCAGUGGACACACCUGCAGAGGCAGAGGGGAAGUCCAAAGCCAAGAAGAACCGCUGCUUCACCUGCCGCAAGAAAGUUGGUCUGACAGGCUUUGACUGCAGAUGUGGAAAUGUAUUCUGCAGCAUGCACCGAUAUUCAGACGUUCAUAACUGCACCUUUGACUAUAAAGCCGAUGGUGCAGAGAGGAUCAGGAGAGAAAACCCAGUCAUUGUCAGAGAGAAGAUCCAGAAGAUCUAAAACUAACCAGAGCAGAAAAUAAAACUGGAAACUUGUGUUCCCAGCCUCAUGAUUAGUUGUUAUUUUCAAAUCAACCCACAUUAAUACUAGGUUUAGUUUAUAUAGGUUUGUGAAUUCUUCAAUAUUUCACAAAUGAAUUUGAGAUCAGAGAAAUUACUGUUGGGGCUUUUAAAGGGCUGUGCAUCUUAAUUUUCCUCACUUCUUUGUCUGUAGUGUCACUUUAUGACCAAAACUUUGCUUUCAUGUCAUCAAUAAUCUGUCUUUCAAUACGAGGAUUAUAUGUGUGUGAAUAUGUCAUGUAUGAGGUUAUAUUAGGAGAAUAUAGUUCAUUUAUGGGUUAAGAGUUGUUGUGGUGUAUAUUUGUACACUAUGUUGAUUUUUAAUAAAAAAGUAUCAGUUGUGUAUAGAAA